CUUAUUGGACUCUGGCACCCAAAAUUCUGUCAAUUAACAUAGUUGUGUUAUUUUAACAUUAUUCCAAAAAUGGUUUAAAUGAAAGAUAUGUCUUGUUACAAAGAGACUUAGACAGAUGUUGUAAAUAAUUAACUUUUUCUUCCGGCAAAGUAUUGUGUACUUAAUGAGGAGUCCCUAGUGCUUUACAAUUGUUACAAUCUUUCUGGGGCACACCGCUGAAGAUGAGGUCGAAAGACUUGGCUUUUAUCAUCGUAUUAAUCAUCUCAGGAGAACUCUAUGCAGAAGAGAAACCCUGUGGCUUUCCUAGUGUGGAAAAUGGAAGGAUUGCCCAAUAUUACUAUCCUUUUAAAAGCUAUUACUUUCCAAUGAGAAUAAAUGAAAAAUUGUCAUUUUCCUGCUUGGCUGGUUAUUCAACGGCAACUGGAAAACAAGAGGAGCGAAUCACAUGCACCCAAGAGGGCUGGUCUCCAGAACCACGAUGCUUCAAAAAAUGCACUAAGCCCGAGCUGACAAAUGGUUACAUCUCUGAUGUAAAAUUAUGGUACAAAAUUCAAGAGAACAUGCGUUAUAGUUGUAAUUCAGGAUAUAAAACUACUGGAGGGAAGGAUGAAGAAGUGGUUCAAUGUCUUGCUGAUGGAUGGUCUUCUCAACCUACCUGCAGGAAGGAACAUGAAACAUGUUUGGUCCCUGAAUUACACCAUGGAAAUUAUUCCACAACGCAGAAAACAUUCCAGGUGAAGGACAGAGUACAAUACGAAUGUACUGCGGGCUACUAUACAGCUGGAGGAAGGAAGGCAGAGGAGGUAGAAUGUCGCACAUAUGGAUGGUCUCUCACACCAAGAUGUACGAAAUUAAAGUGCUCUUCUUUAAGAUUAAUAGAAAAUGGUUAUUUUCAUCCUAUAAAGCAAACUUAUGAAGAAGGAGAUGUAGUUCAGUUUUUCUGUCAUGAAAAUUAUUAUCUAAGUGGAUCUGAUUUAAUUCAGUGCUAUAACUUUGGUUGGUAUCCAGAAUCUCCUGUAUGUGAAGGAAGAAGAAACCGAUGUCCUCCACCACCUCUGCCACUAAACUCCAAAAUCCAAACACAUUCAACAACUUAUCGUCAUGGAGAAGUAGUUCAUGUAGAAUGUGAAAUUAAUUUUGAGAUACAGGGAUCAGAAGAAAUACGUUGUGAAAAUGGAAAAUGGACAGAACCUCCAAAAUGCAUUGAACAAAAGGAGAAGAUAGCCUGUGAGGACCCACCUUUCAUUGAGAAUGGCACGGCAAACCCACACUCUACGAUUUACUACAAUGGGGAUACAGUGGCGUAUGAAUGUAAAACCGGGUAUCAUCUCCUUGGAUCAAAAGAAAUAACUUGUAAACGUGGAAACUGGACACGUCCUCCUGAGUGUGUUGAAAAUAAUGAGAAUUGUAAGCCUCCACCUGCUGUAAUAAAUGGGGCUGUUGUUGAUGGAUUACUAGCAAGCUACACAACAGGAUCCUCUGUGGAAUAUAGAUGCAAUGAAUACUACUUAUUGAGUGGGGCAAAAAUAUCUCGUUGUGAACAAGGAAGAUGGUCACCCCCACCCAUUUGCUUAGAGCCAUGUACUAUUAAUGUGGAUUACAUGAAAAGAAAUAACAUAGAGAUGAAAUGGAAGUAUGAAGGAAAGGUCUUACAUGGAGAUUUAAUAGAUUUUGUAUGUAAACAAGGAUAUGACUUAUCUCCAUCAACCCCAUUGUCUGAAUUAUCUGUACAGUGCAAUAGAGGAGAAGUGAGAUAUCCUUUAUGUAUUAUAAAAGAAUCUAAAGGAAUGUGUGCAUAUCCUCCACUUAUUAAAAAUGGAGUCAUGAUUAGUUCAACAAUAGGCAUCUACGAAAAUGGUUCUUCAGUAGAAUACAGAUGUUUUGAUCACCAUUUCCUUCAAGGGUCUAGGGAGUCCUAUUGCUUAGAUGGAGUGUGGACUACACCACCAUCAUGUUUAGAGCCUUGUACGUUAUCUUUUGUUGAAAUGGAAAAUAAUAAUUUACUCCUGAAAUGGAGUUUUGACAACAGACCAUAUAUUUUCCAUGGCGAGUAUAUUGAAUUUCUUUGUAGGAGAGGUACAUAUAUAGAUGAGUCCUCUAUUAUAGGAUCUGAACUCAGAGUGCAAUGUGACAGAGGGCACUUAAAAUAUCCAAGAUGUGUUCCAAAAGAAAGGAUGCUGUCUUAUCAAGAACGCUUAAGGACAUAAAAAUUCACGGCAGAGAGAAGAAUAGUAUAUCAACACAUCAUAAAAUCUUUUAUAAAACAUGAUUUUUAGAAGAAAAUACAAAUCUCUAAGUUUUUACUUGCUUGAGGAUUUGAAUCUAAAUUGUCUAUGUUGAACAUUUUUUUAUUUAUAAAUAAGCCAGAACAUGUUGUUUCCUUUCUAUUUUGAAUGAUUUGACAUGUAACUUAAACUUUAUUGAAUAUUUUCCAUCUAUUAAAAAGAUUGAUCUACAUGCAAAAAUGUUUUUGAUACCUAUUAUCCAUUCAUUGUGCUAUAGUGUUGCCUUCGAUAUAUGUGAAAAAAUUCACAUUUGUCUUUAUCAUAUUCAUUAAUACUAGGGUUUUCUGUUACUUUUAAUUCAAUCUUUAUGUCAAUAUUAAGGAACCAAACACACUAGAGAUAAGAAACUAUACAUCACAUUAGAGGAUUUACUUUCUUAAAUACAGGAGAGACUACCCUUCAGAUUUCCUAAAUGUAAAGAAUUUUAACAAUUAACUAUAAUAUUAGCUACAAGAUUAAUAAUCAAAUUGUGAGGUGGUGAACUAUCCACAUCUUAAAAUGUUGCCCAAAGAACAUGGCUUAAAAAAGAAUAACCCUCUCCAUUUUUUUAAUAUAAUUUAUUGUUAAGUUGGCUAACAUAUAGUGUAUAUGGUGUGCUCUUGGUUUUGGGGGUAGAUUCCAGUGAUUCAUCACUUACAUACAAUAUCCAGUGCUCAUCCCAACAAGAACCUUUCCAUUUUUAUAUUUUAUACUUUCAAUUAAUAUUUUUAGGUUACGUAAUUGUUGGAAGCAUGCAGAUUAUGAAAUCAAAAAUCAGUCCUGCAAGCAACAAAGCCUGAGAGUGUAGUAUUACCAACAUCUUUUGAAGUGUUCAAAUAGCCACACUGUCACCUUUCUGUUUGAAGGACAGUUAUACUUCCAAUGGUUAUUACAGUUCAUUCAGAAGCACAUGUAAUCACACUACCCCUGUCAGGACUGGUUGUUGUUACGAGAACAGCACAUUUUCUUAUCUAGAAGAUAUUCGGUUCAUCGAACUCAAGACCUUCUCAAUAUGAUGACAUUCUUUAAACCCUCAAGUUACAAUUUUCUACUGGUGUGCUAAGGGAUACCUUCCUCUAGUGAAGCCACAAUGGACCCAACUCUGUGGAUUAAAUAAGACUUUGGUCAGUGUUGAACAUGUAUAUUUCAGAACUGUCCUUGAGUCCAUAAUCAUGAUUUUAAUAUUCUGUCGUUGUUUUCCACAGUGGAUCCCAUAAAAUUGAAAUCUGAUUGAAAUUAAAUAUCAACAGCAAAGUGCUAAUCAUUUCAAUUAAUGCAUCAAUCAAUCCAUUAAUCAACAAUAUUGAGCACCUGUUAUAUCCUAGAAAAUAGAAGAUUUGCUCAAGGCGGGUAACUCUCUUGGGAACAUGUAUUCAGUAUUGCCAUAUCUUCUGAUUUUUAAUGGUGAGAUCUCCUCUGAUUUUGAUAUGUGGAGGGGGAUCUAAAAAUAUUUUGUGAGCAAUGUGGCUCAUAAGCUGCCAAUUUGUCAACUCCAAAUGCUAAAUAAAUGAACAUGUGAAAAGUACAA